AUGACCAUGAGCUCCUAUUUGAUGGACUCGGGCUACGUGGAGCCCAAGUUCCCUCCGUGCGAGGAGUACUCGCAGGGUGAUUUCAUCCCCGAGCUCUACGGGCGCAGGGAGCCGGGCUGCCCGCAGCACCCCGCGGCUUUCGGGGCGUUCCCCGAGCGACCCCCGGGCUGCGGGCGAGGAGGAGGAGGAGGAGGAGGAGGAGGAGGAGGAAGGCAGCGCCUGGCCGACGAGCCGCCCGGGCCCUGCGCGCAGCCCGCGGCCGCGCCGGGCAAAGCGCCGCUGGUUUACCCCUGGAUGAAGAAGAUGCACCCGAAGCGCUCCCGCACGGCGUACACGCGGCAGCAGGUGCUGGAGCUGGAGAAGGAGUUCCACUACAACCGCUACCUGACCCGGCGGCGCCGCAUCGAGAUCGCGCACUCGCUGGGCCUGAGCGAGCGGCAGAUCAAGAUCUGGUUCCAGAACCGCCGCAUGAAGUGGAAGAAGGAUCACCGGCUGCCCAACACCAAGAGCCGCGGAAGCGCCGCGCCCGCGGAGCCGCCGCCGCCCGCGGAGCCGCCGCGGCCCGAGCACCUGACGCGCCUGUGA